UCUUCAUCAAUGUUAUCAAAAACAUCAACAACAACAACGAGUAAAAUGUCCGAAAAAUUAUUACCACUUUCAUCGAUAUCAAAAACAUCAACAACAACGAGUAAAGUGUCCGGAAAAUCAACACCACGAUCAUCGAUAUCAAAAACAUCAACAUCAACGAGUAAAGUGUCAGGAAAAUCAUCACCGCCAUCAAAGAUAUCAAAAACACCAGCAGCAACAACGAGUAAAGUGUCCGGAAAAUUAUCACCACGAUCAAAAAUAUCGAAAACAACAACUACGAACGAUUCUAAGCCUUGGCUAAGAUCAUAAAUGUAACAACAAUUAUGAAAAUGUUCAA